AUCAGUGACACUCCCCCUAAUAAACUUGCCCAGUGUGAACGCCUGCACAUAACACUCCUGUUUGCUCAGCUUUGAACAUCAUGAAGAAUAUUAUGCAACUCUGUGCAACAGUGCUGCUGCUGCUCUUCACCCUGUUCUUGACCAGAGUGUUCUGUGUGCAGAGAGUUCAUUGCCAGUGGGGGCUUUAUGGAAGCUGGUCAGAUUGUGAUCCCUGUACCAAAUUACAGACGAGAAGCCGUGCCAUGGCUGUCUAUGCUCAGUUUGAUGGGAACCCCUGUGAUGGUGACCGGACCAACACCAGGUCCUGCGAAACCACACAAGCUUGUCCAUUGGUUGAUGGAUGUGGAGACAGGUUCCGUUGUCGAUCAGGGAAGUGUGUUAGCAAGUCUCUGUUGUGUAAUGGCGAUCAGGACUGUGAGGAAGAUGGACUAGAUGAACAGGGCUGUGCGAGUAGAAAGUUCAGUACAUGCCUACAUACGGUUCCCCCGCCUCAAGUAGAGCUACUUGGAAAUGGGUUUGAUGUGGUAUCUGGAAAGAGCAGAGGAAGUGUCAUCAACACAAAGAGCUUUGGGGGCCAGUGUCGACCUGUCUUUAGUGGUGUCCACAACACUUUUUAUCGGCUUCCACUCAGCACUCUUAAGUACAACUUUCUGGUUAAGGUCCAGAAUGACUUCAGUGAUGAGAUGUUUGCCAGCCAAUGGCACUAUGCUAAAGAUAUUGUCAACAGAGAGACAGUAACCGGGACAACAACAGGAUAUCGCAAUUUUGACUUUCAUAUGAAAUAUGACUCAUCUGAAACUAAAAGACUUGUGGUGUUAAAGAAUGAGAUAGAGGUAACUCAGUUCCAGAGUAACUCUCCUAGGUACCUCCCAAUAUCUGAAGUGUUCUGGAAGGAGCUUGCCAAACUCCCAUCUGUUUAUGACUACUCAGCGUACAGGAAGAUUUUGGAGAGGUUUGGAACACACUACAUAUCUGAGGGAAGCUUGGGGGGCUCCCUGAACGCCAUUGUUUUAAUCGACGAAGAAACUGAAAAGAGCAUCACAAGUAUGAGCUUCCAGUAUCGUGAAUGUGAAAAGAAAAAACGCUGGUUUCUGUUCUUCCCUAUCACAAGAGUGGAAUGUUCAUCAGAUAGCCAAUCAUUCUCAUGGAGCAGUGGAAGCAGCAGGUCUAACAACCAUGCAAACGUGAAGGUGCUGGGAGGAGGUCCAUCACAUAUUGCAGCCUUGGAGAAUGUCCAGCUUGGUAAUUUAGACAAGAACUGGGAAAUGUACUCCAAUUGGGCUGACUCUAUUAGCUCAUUUCCUGUGGUCACAAAGAAAAAGCUUCGACCUCUUUCAGAACUGGUUAAGGAAGUUCAGUGCACUGGGGUGAAGAAGCUCUACCUACGUAAAGCCAUAGAACAAUACCAGUUUGAGAGCCAUCCCUGCCACUGCCAACCCUGCAGAAACAAUGGCCUGGCUGUCAUGGAUGGAGACAAAUGCAAAUGCAUUUGCAAAACCGGCACAUCAGGGGUGGCUUGUGAGCAUGGAGUUGAGGCAGAGGGCCAACAGGGUGUGAUCCAUGGUAGUUGGUCCUGUUGGUCCGCCUGGUCUUUGUGUUCUGAGGGUCGGAGUUUGCGGAGUCGCUCCUGCUCUAACCCCUUUCCUCAGAACGGUGGGCAUCACUGUAUUGGAGAAUCAAGUGAGACUUCUGGCUGUGAAGAACAAGAGGAGCUGCAGUACUUAAAAACUAUGGAGCCUCAGUGCUUUGAUAAAACUUUGCCACCACUUCAGAAAUGUGAGACUCCACCCAGUUUAAUCAACGGCUACAUUCUGGAUCCCAAGGACAACUACUAUGUGGGUAAUAAGGUGGAAUACACCUGCACCGCCGGUUUUUAUCUUGUUGGAAAAAGUCUCCUAGAAUGCACUGCUGAUCAGACCUGGUCCGCGAACCCUGGACUCUGUGCAGUUUCAGUUUGCAAGCUUCCUUCACUUGCCGAGGAUGUCAUAGCAUCUCCUUUACAGGAGGCUUAUCAGCUAGGGGAUUCAGUUACCUUGUCCUGUCCACAUGGUAGUGCAUUAGAAGGUGAAGCAACAGCUACUUGUGAUUCCAGUUUAAAUUUUUCUCCAAACCCAGCUCAAACAAGGUGCAUCCAAGCUGAACGAAGGCAGCAGCCCACUGCUUCCACAGUGCAAUGCAAAGAAUGGGAGAAGCCAUUUAGGGGAAAAUGUGUCUGCAAAAUGCCUCAUGAGUGCAGUUCUUCACUGGAGUUGUGUGCCUUAUCUCCACUCAAUGGACAAUUUGUUCCCUUGACUGUGUGCAAAAUGCGGGCAAUCCAAUGUAUCGGGAAAAACUUUGAGAUAGCAGAGGACAGCAACUGCAAGCGGCCACAGCGUAGCACGACAUGUGGCGUGCAAGAAACAUGUCAAAUGUGGGAAAACUGUGAUGAUCAAAGCAACCAGUGUCACUGUAAGGAGUCUGCAGAUUGCUUGACUCUGGGAUUAAAUGUGUGUGUCCGUGUUGGUGAGGAUGUGUCGGUUGCUCCACAAACCAUGAGCGAGUGUGAAGCAGGACUUCGAAGAUGUAAAGGGGAGAAGGUGAAGGUUGUCAGUCUCCUGCCAUGUGCUUCCUAAUACCUACCUGUUUAUCUACCUUGUGCUUCAGUGGCAGUUAAAAAUAUAUGACUUUAAGUAAAUACUGCUCCAGCCUCGCCUAUCUGAUCCUAUUAGUAUACGUAGUUUGUUCUCUAAACCAGGCUACCACAGAUUUCGGUGUCAAACAUUUGGUGGCAUAAACAUCACAACUAUAUAUAACUCACAUAUGUACCAGUGCUACAGAUUUUAUACAAGUGAUACUCAGCUGGGAAAACAUUGACUUAAUAAUAACAUUAAUGAAUCUCCUACUACAUACGCACUGAUGAAAAUACACUUACUUUAACAAGUCAAAUGCUUGAAGUUGCUUAAAAUUAUUUGACCACUUGGCGGCACUCACAGACUAGAUCAGUGAGCUUUCUUCCCAAGACGCUCAGGUGACCACUAGGUAUAAAGGAAAAACAGACUCAAGAGGGAGGCAACAGUAGCUCAUACCGUUCUAACAGAGAAGUAAUGAACAUCAGCCCUUGAUUCCAUACUACACAAUAUACAAAAUAGAGGUACAUCACAUUCGUACUAUGUUGCCAAAAGUAUCCUAUCUUGUGCUUUCACACAUAUUUUACAGAUGUAAUGUGUGCCCUCUUUGCAGCUAAAACAACUUCAACUCUUCUGGCAUGGCUUUCCAUCAGGUUUAUGAGAAUUUUUUAAGAUAUUCGUACAAAAGCACAUUGGAGAGGUCAGACAAUAAUAUAGGAGGAGAAGGCCUGGCUCGCAGUGUUAGUUUUGAAUAAUCCCAAAUGUCUUCUAUCAAGUUAGGAUGAGGAGUCAAGCCAGUUAAUUUCUUACAUACCAAACUCAUUCAUGUCUUUAUGCACCUUGCUUUGUCCACUGGUUUGCUUGCUGGAUGAAAUGGUUGAAGCUAAUGUUAGGUUACGUGAUCUGUGGCUAUCGACUCGUAAGAAAAUUGGAAAUCAAUAUUUUUGGCAACAUAGUGUAAGUGGAAGGUUUAGAAAUGUUACAGAAGCUCAAAGGGUCAGAGAAAAAGCUGACUGACAAAUAUUUUGUAUCUACUCUUUUUUACUUUUUUAUUUUGUUGAAUAAAAUAUUUAAACUAAA